AUGUCCACGGUUCCCGGAUCCAAUCUCAAAAACAGCACAGGCCACAAAGCUAAACCUGUGCCUCCCCUGCCUAAAAACGGCACACGAGGACGUAUGUGGAGUGAAGUGUGGAAGUUGUGGUCCUGGCCACAAUUUCUUGCUUUGCUCCUCCAAAAGACCGCAGCCUCCCACGAAGCGACCACACAAGAAGUAACUACCAUCUCAACGCCGCCAUCGUCAACAAGCCACAAGACGUCAUCAAUUCAGCUGCACCAAGCCGAACUCAUGCCAUUAUCAACAGCGUCAGCCACGCCUCUCCACAAACUCCGCAACAGUCGAGCCGCACGAAGGAAAAGACCUGUCUAA